UAGAGGCAAAGAGGAAGAUAAAUUAGGUUAAAUUAAUUUCGGUUCCUCCCGCCAAUCCUCAAUCAAUCCAAUCUCUCUAUCAAACCAAAAUCACAGCCUCUUGUCUUGCCAUUGUUGUAUCUUCUUCACUUCACUCCUUUUCAAAUCAUUCAAGAAACGCCCCACCAGAUAUGAAUAUUGCUGCUUCUCUAUCUUCACUCGCCGCCCUGCGCCUUCCUAUUUGUCUCCAUUGUUUCCCAACCUUCAGAACACCCAUUUCCUUCCCUUCUCUAUCCUUAAAUCCCCCAAGUUUGCAUAUCUUUUCGUCGAUGACUUCUUCCAUUACUGCGUCGAUGUCCACUUCCUCACCUCUGGCCCCCGAUCAGCUUGCUGUGGAGGAGAAGAAGCCCGCGCCGCCGCCGAAGCCAUGGCUGAUCGUUGGCCUUGGGAACCCCGGGAAGAAGUAUGAACGCACUCGCCAUAAUGUAGGUUUUGAGAUGCUGGAUGCUGUUGCCGAGGUUGAAGGGAUAUCCAUGAGUAGUGCUUCCUUCAAAGCUCUGAUCGGGAAAGGUUUCAUCGGGGAUGUUCCUGUAAUGCUUGCCAAGCCACAAACUUUCAUGAAUGCAAGUGGUGAGUCUGUUGGUGCUAUUGUUUCCUACUAUAAAAUUCCAUUGAAGCAAGUCCUUGUGAUAUUCGAUGACUUAGAUUUGCCUUUUGCCAAAUUGCGGAUGCUGCCAAAGGGUGGCCAUGGAGGACAUAAUGGGAUGAGGAGUAUUAUUGAUCACUUGAAAGGCAGUCGUGAUUUCCCUCGGUUAAGAAUAGGCAUUGGGCGCCCUCCCGGGAAAAUGGAUGCUGCGAACUUUGUUAUGCGCCCCUUCAACAAACAAGAAAGAGAAGAGUUGGAUUUUACAAUGCAAGUCGGAGUAGACGCUAUACGGAUACUUUUGCUGGAGGGGUUUAACAAAAGUGCAACAUUUGUCAACACCAACAAACCUCUGGAACAAAUAGGCUGAAAACAUUCAGCGUUUAACUUUAAACCUUUUUAUGGACUCUAAUAGGGCUCCAGCCAUUUUGUUUACUGUAUCAAACUGCUUUAGAAACUGCUUUAUACACAGGCGGCAUUCGCUACCGGUUUCAACUCUACGGUAAUUAUUGAACCCCAUCAAUGUAAGCACAUUGUCUUUCUUAUUGAAGCAUCUCUCUCUGUCUCUUGGAAUUGAAAUAUGUUAAGGCAUAAAGUAGUGAUCUUUGAAGAGAUCAAUGAAGCCAAUAACCUCCCCCACCAUGCAGCAAAGAAACCAAGGACAGGAAUUGAUAGAAGGGAGCAAGCUGCCUCUACGGCUCUACCUAACUUUGAAUGCUUUAAUUAUCUCAUCUAGACAUCACCGAGGGAGGCUAUUCUUUGCCUGUCUUGUCAUCUUCUUCUCCUCUACGCAUUUUCUCUGUAGGGAGGCUAUUCGGCUCUACCUAUUCUUCAUGUUUGUCUUGCCUGUGUUUUCAGGUUUCUGGUGAAUGCCUUCUCUACGGAAUUGCCUCGUACGUGGAUGAUUUCAUGCAGGUGGACCCCACAUAAUUUUGAAUGUACGUGAUAUGCUUCAAAAACUAAUUAUUUCAUGGUAUUUGUGUUUAUUUAUUUAUUUUUAAAUUGAUUCCUACUAUUUUAGAAGUUUUUAUUUAGUAUUUAUGGUUAAAUGUCUGGUUAGACCAUGUUGGCUUGAAGAUUUAAAAUGUUGAUGAAAAUAUUGAUAUUAUGAUGAUGUUGAUGGAUAUUUCAGUAUU